AUGUUAGCACAUAUCAAGACGGCUACUGGCCGUGCAGUCUUUGCCCACUACAUGGUCGGCAAUAUCACAACUGAUCAUAUCCAGCAGGAUGUGGACGAUGCCAUUGCUAUGGGUCUUGAUGGAUUUGCUCUCAACGUCCAAUGCCCAACGGAUAGCUUCCCUGGUAAACUUGUUCAAGAGAUGAGCCACUAUAUCGUGAAUCAGGGCUACGAUUUUCGUAUCUUCAUCAGUAUGGAUGUGUACGCAUCUGGGGGGCCCUCCUGUGGUCAAGGCCCUGCAGGCUAUGUCACUCUGUGUCGCGAUGCUAUGGGUUAUGGGGCAUACUACACGGUGGGUGACAAAUACAUGGUGAGUACUUAUAGCUCCGGUGGAGGAACUUGGCACAAUUGGGAGGCCUUCAAAGCUGCCGUGACAGGCAAUGACGGCUAUGAUGUAUUUUGGAUUCCCGAUCUCGACGACACAGAGGGUUAUUGGACGAGUGACGCUGGCUGGUGGUAUUAUUGGGGAAACCUCACCGACGGACUUUUUAGCUGGGAAUCUGCAUGGCCAGCGUUGGGACAAGAUGCCGCCGACCAGAGCGGAGGCAUUGGAGGAGUGGCUCGCGACCAGGUGAUCAUUGAUGCGGCUGAGACUGAGGGUGCCUCCUACAUGAUUCCCCUGAGCUUGAUGCAGUAUAAGAACUCGUACUCGACCAAUGUUUAUCGCCAAGGAGAGACCAAUUUCAUGCAACGGCUUCACGAUAUUUUGGAAAUCGAGAGCGAUGCGCUCGAGUUUGUGGAAUAUAUUACCUGGAAUGAUGGACCGGAAGGACAUUAUAUUGGAAACCUGUGGCCUGAGCAGAACACCGAUGCGGCACCCAACAACUACGCCAAUGAAAUUUGGCCCCACGAUGCCCUCCAGCCUAUCAUACAGUCCUUUGCCACAGCAUUCAGAGCGUCUGCUGGUCCAGCUGAUAUGCGGCCUCAGAAUGGAAAAGAUGCGGUGGGUGCCAUCUGGUACCACACGCUUGCUUUUGACGAUACCUGUCCUUUCGAAGGAAUUGGAGAAUACACGUUUUGGGAUAAACCAGCGGGUUACGAAACAUUUUCGCUAACCACCCACUGGGCCGUUGUCCUCGAUGAUUCAGUUGGAGGGUACGCUCCUAGCGACCUAGAGCUCAUCAUCACUACAGCAGCUGAUGACCAAGUUGUGGUGACCGAUCUCAGUGCCGGAUUGAACUUUGCUCAAGGGCCGAAUAUCAAUGGAGGGUAUUCAGUCUCCAUGAUACUUGCCCCUAAAUCAGGCACGACCGUUUUAUAUUCCGCAUCAGGGGGGAAAUGUCCCGCUUCCAGCUGCGCGGAAGGCUUCUACAACCUCAAUUAUCAGAUUCUGCCUUUAGUUCCGGGUGAUAGCGGCAGCGGUUGCACUUACGAGGAGACUGUGUUGCGGUAUACGCCUCUGAAUACCACCGCGGAUAAUACCAUCGAUUGCGAGGGUCUGUUGACAUUGACCGACACGGCAGUCACUUCAUGGGAAGUCAGCCAGGCUGGCUUGGCCUUGGAAUUCGAGACGACGCGUCAUGCGUUAUCAACUAGCCAUGGUAAGUAA